CUGUGCAUGCGUUAGCGGGUUUGUCAAGUCAUUGUCUGCCCGUUACGAGCCAAGCCUGUUUAUUGACCAAAAAUGAUUGCCGUCUUUUGCUGACCAUUGCCUUCCUGUACCACGACUUCGACCCUGAGCCUGCCUACCGUCCGCCUGUACUUUUGCCCCGCUGACAGCUUUCCUGGCUACUGGACUUUUUGCAUGGUGUACCUCCCACGCACCCGUCUCAACAUACCUGAAACAAAAUAGUGCACGCGCCGCCCGAGAAUGCCAUUUGCUUAUGCUUUUAGAGACGGAGACAGUGUUUGGAAUCAGUUUAUUUUAUUUACUAUAACUCGACACACUUAUUGUAGGCUAUAUUAUAUUUUUCGUGCAUUUGAUGAUGCUAGCAUUUGGUUUCCGUGACACCAGGAACGGAGUUUCUGAGUUGCUCUGCAUGUUCCUUAGUGUCUCUCUUGCAGCCAAUGUUGUCGGUUACAAGCCAGUCAUUAUUGUCCACGGUCUAUUCGACGGCCCCAAAGACCUUUUGGGCUUGGAAUGCUUUAUCAAUAAGUCCCAUCCAGGAACAAAUGUGACAGUGAUUGACCUAUUUGACUACGAAUCCAGCUUAAAGCCAUUGUGGAAGCAAGUACAGGGCUUCAUACAGGCUGUCCUCCCCAUCCUGAAAAGUAGUGUGGAUGGUGUCCACCUCAUCUGCUUCUCCCAAGGUGGAUUGGUGUGUAGAGGAAUUCUCACCGCUCUUCCAGAGCACAAUAUUCACUCAUUUAUUUCACUGUCUUCCCCUCUAGGGGGCCAAUAUGGAGAAACGGAAUACCUGAAAAUACCUCUUUUCUCAAAAUUCAUAAAGCAACAGGUCCAUCAAUUCUGCUACUUGCCCAUGGGACAAAUGAUCUCUAUCUGCAACUUCUGGAAAGACCCCCACUAUAUACACCAGUAUGUGAGAAGAAGUGAAUAUCUAGCAGUGCUGGACAGUGAGAGGAUUAACCCCAGUGCAGAAAUCUGGAAGAAGAACUUCCUGCGCAUUAGGAAACUGGUUUUGAUCGGAGGACCAGAUGAUGGGGUCAUCACUCCUUGGCAGUCCAGCCAUUUUGGGUUUUAUGAUGAAAAUGAAGAUGUUGUUGGGAUGAAGGACCAGGAUGUGUAUGUGAACGAUGUGUUUGGGCUGAAGACACUGGAUGCUAGAGGAGACUUGGUUGUGUGUGUGUUUUCUGGAGUGAAGCAUACCAGUUGGCACUCCAAUGAAACGGUGUACUAUGGCUGCAUAGAUAAGUGGCUCACAUAAAGCGUGAUCAUUGUGACCGGCUAAAACAUGCUAUGCACAUAUUACUGCAGAAUGAUCAUGUUUGCAUGUAUGUGCACAAGCUUACAUAUACGUGAACAUGCAUAAACACAAACUUGCUUUUGUUCCCAUUUCAUUGUUUCUGAUAACCAUUAAUAGUGGUAGAAAUAAAGUUGAAGGGCUUUAUUAAGAAUAAGUUAUUUACACAUGGAAAUUUAAAUGAAAGUUCUAACACGCAUAGAUUAGUCAAAAGCAUUCUGUUGAUUUUUUUUUUUCUUUUAAACUUCUACUAUAUUGUUUCAAAAAUGCAAUAUUCUUGUUCAUGAUCCUAUUGCUCUCUCUGAUGCUUGUUCUUAAGGUUAUGUAAGGGGAAAUCAAAUGUUGCUCAUAAAAUCAUAAUGUAUUUAGUUUUUUUUCUGUACUGUAAUGAUGGACUAACAAUUUAUUGUCGGUUGGGGAAAUAACGUACCUGUAUUUCAGAGUCUAUCAUGCAACCAGAAACAAAAUAACCAAUUUAUUCACCAUGCAGGCGUUGCACAACUAUAAUUCACUUCACUGAUAAACAACCAUGACACUUUAGUUGAAGUGGUUAAAUAUUUUGAUGUAUUCAUAUUGUUGUGCCUCCCUUUGAGAAAAUAAAAAAAAUAAAAAAAUACAUUUCAAAAGUG